CGAGUGGAUCGCAGUCGGACCGUGAAUGCGGCCGUGUUAACAAACCCCUGGUCAAUCGACAGUGCGCCACAAUUCCUACGAGAUGAGAAGGCAGUCGUACUGUCCGAGCUCGAGCAGCGGAAGCACCGGCGAGCCGCUGAUUGUCGUCGAGGAAGAAGCGGAGCGCUGCCGCGCGGAAUCACCGCCGCGAUGUGUCGACCCAGACUCGCCAUCCUUGAAUCCCUAUCUGCUCUCACCAUGGAGGGACGCCAGGAAGCACUCCUUGCCGACGCCACAAUGUACAUCCGGGAUAACCGCAUCCCAGGUGCGACGAUUGAGCGAACGCGGCGGAGAAGGUUCCGGUCCAUCAGCAAGGGAGGCUGCUUUCUUGGCGACACUUUCGCAGACGCCGGCACCGACGGCCGGUGGCCGGCGGCACUCUGUCGUCACGAUCUCCAGGGUGCCGACCACCCUCUUCGGGCGCAAUCGUCGCGAAUCUAUCGCUGCGUUUCCCAUGGGAGGAGCCACCAGGAUAUUGCAAAGCCGGCGAGACUCGUCCACCGGGAUGACUGGCCCGCCCAGCAACAGCGGAAGCACUCACAAUCUACAGCUCGAUAUUAUGGACGAUAUUGCCGAGAUAAAGGCCAGAAAGGUCCGUUUAAAGAUGUACAAGACACCGUCUCGCGAGCGCGUAUGCGAGAUCCAACCUCUGGAGGGCAACAGCAGUUCUACCACUCAGAAAUACAUACAGCAUCAGAAACGCCGGUUCUCCGAGUUCUCGGCAUCGGUCGCAGCGUCAACGUCAGCUUUACGUAGACGCGCGUCCGAGAUAACAAAGCCACUCUCCGAUAUCGAGUUACCCGGGACGUCGAAAGUAGCUGCGGCAGGUAUCACAUGCUCCAAUACGGAUCUGAUAUCCAUCUUAAGUUCCCUGACAUCAUCCGCGACGGAGAUAAAUACGUGUGGUACAUCGGAGGCAUCGAGCGCGAAGGACGAGCAGAAAUCGAGCUGGUCAACUAAAACGGCGGAGCAGAGGCGUAGUCGACUCAAGAGCUCUCGAUCCAACAGCUUCGAUGUCUCCAUCUUGCACAGCACUAAGAGCAAGACAGCAACUGGCAGUGGAAAGAGCACCAUCGGUGCGUUUAUGACGCCGAGCACCUGGUUUGCCAAGAGACAUCAGCCCAUCUCGAAGAAGAACCGAUACGACGAGGAGAACGCGAUGACGUUAAAGCUGGACAAGUCGCGAUUAGUUAAAACUGUCAAGGACACGCUCGUGAAGAACGCCAGGCAUAAAGUCCUCUGGGACGACAGUAGUGGUACCAAAGUGGAUGCUCAGGUGCUUGGUAAUGCCAUCGAGAAGAUCCUCACCUCGGGCCAUAGGGGAAACGACGCGGAAGCGUCGGGUAGUUCAUCCGGAAAGUCACCCGUGUCGCCGAACAAGUCACGCGUCAGUAAGGUCGCCGGUUGGUUCACGAGCGGGAACAAGGAGCAGGAACAAUCGGACUGCGACUCGAUCUGUUCCACCCUAAAGGACCUCUUCGUCAAGUAG